GAGGUUGAAGUAAUGAAUUUUCUUUCAACAGUUGGACCUGAUGCUUUAAUUAAUACCUUUACUGUAAAUAUAAAGGGAAAUAGUGACACUCAUUUGUGCAACCAACUUCAAGACAUUAUUUUUAGCGAGUUGAAUGGAACGGUUGGUAAAUCCUUAAAACGUGUACCAUUGUUUCUUACAAAAUCAGAGCUUGAGGAAGCAAAAUAUGGAGAGGCCUUUCGUCAAUUUAAAACCCGUCUCGGUUUAAGUGACCCCUUAAAAAUUAAUUUUCUACGAAACACUGCGAUGAAUCCAUUCCAAGCAAGCAAGGCUUAUGUUACAGAAAUUUCAAAGUUGUUCAGGAACUGUAUCAUGAAUAGUAUUGGAGGAUUAAAAGAUGUUCCAACUCAUCAUCGUUUUAUUGUAAGUGGCAAAAUGAUUGAUGAUGAAAAUAAAGUAUUCCUUGAUUAUAUUCCAACAUUUACUAAUAAAUCUCACCAGUAUAAUGUUGUUUUAACAAUGAAAGCUGUCAAUGAAACUGAAAAAAUCAAAUUUAUAGAAAGUUGCAAUACUGAUUCAACAUAUGUAUGCAAGACAAAAUAUGAAACAACUAUAAUGGAUUUUUUGCGUAAGACAACAGAAAAUGGGAUUUCAAUGGAGCUUUACAAAUAUGGCACUGAAGGUACUGUUUUGUGCACAGUUAACCUCACUGUAGAUGAAGUUUUUCGCUAUGAACACUUAGAGGAUCCAAAAUCUGCAAAUUUCAUAGAGUAUCCAACACACCAGAAAUACUUUUUAUAUGGAGACAAGAAGCGUGCAUUUAUUUCACAUGUGAUCACUAAAUUUAAAGAUUUUCAUCAGGUUGUGGAACUCGAUGAAAUUCCUCACAGCGUUCCAGAAGUCAUUUUAGAUAUGGGAGCCAUCAUCACCAUUCCAGAUAUAUCUGGGAGCCCUUUAUAUUUGGGAGACAAAAUUUCAGAUCCAUUGCAAGGUGACAAUUACGUUGUAGAGUUUAAAGGCAAACAAUAUAUUGAUUGCAAGACGACAAUUAGAUUCCAAAAAGCAACGGCAAAGAAAUAUUUUGAUUUCGAAUAUCUCAACACCAAUUAAAAGAGUUUAUAUUUUGUAAUUAUGUUUUGUUUUUUGACUUUAAAAAAAAAUAUCUUAAAU